CUCUCAUAUCCAUUAUUUUGCUAACCAAUCUCUAUUUCCAAGGGAUGAAAAUAUUUCUAUUCCACCUAUAUAUACCACACUUUUCUCAACUUCAACCCAUCAACAAAUUCUCUACCUUUCUUGACUUUGAUUUCUUUCAUAACUCCUCAUCUCAUUAUAACUUCAAAAAAGGUUCAUACAAUGGCCAUUCGCCAGAUUCUAAGACGUUCUUUGUCCAAUGAAAGAAGGUCGGCUGAAGUUCCAAAAGGCCAUGUUGCCGUCUAUGUUGGUGAUAAUGAAAAGAAGCGCUUUGUGAUUCCAGUCGCCUACUUGAACCAUCCUUCGUUUCAAGAAUUGCUUUUUCAAGCCGAGGAAGAAUUCGGGUUCAAUCACCCGAUGGGUGGCCUCACCAUCCCUUGCAGUGAAGACUUAUUUGUAGAUUUCAUCUCUGGUUUGAGCAGAAGAUGAUUUAUAGCAAUGGUGUUUUAGAAGUAGAAUUUUGUAGAUUAGAAAAUGUAUCCAGAUGAGAAUACGCAGAAAUGUACAUGAAGUAUAGUAUUGAGAAACUUAUGUUUCCUUCA